AUGGCCGAAAUAGACUAUACCAGAAGAAACAAGUACGCGAGACCACUUUCCGAGGCCGAGAAGGAGCGUUUGGAUGAAUUUAUUGAUGCAAUUCAUUAUUCCGCAAGGUCAGUACAAGCUAUGGCGCAAACCUUGAGUCCAAAUCCUUCCAUCGCGCAAACACUGAUUCAUUCUUAUAGAUACUCCGACGAUCAAUACGAGUACCGACAUGUUCAACUACCAAAAGCUAUGCUGAAAGUUAUCCCAAAGGAAUACCAUGAUCCCCAAACUGGUACCUUGAAGCUAUUGUGGGAGGAAGAAUGGAGAGCAUUGGGAAUAACACAGAGUCUUGGUUGGGAACAUUAUGAGGUACAUGAGCCAGAACCACACAUUCUACUCUUCAAGAGAUCAAUUAAUUAUCAGCCACCAACUCAACAAUAG